AUGGGAGUGAAGAGCCUGGCAGUGGCUUGCGGGGCACUGGCCUUGUGCCUGGCACUCACCACAGCCACCAACCCCGGCUUCGUGGUGAGGAUCACCCAGGCAGGCUUGGACUACGCCCAUGAGCAGGGGUUGGCAAUCCUGGAGAAGGAGCUGGCCCAGCUGAAGCUGCCAGAUAUCUCAGGCGAAUCUCGUGUCAUGCGCGUGGGGAAGGUGCGCUAUGAGCUGUCCAGACUGCGCCUUCGUGAUUUCCACUUGCCAUACUCAAGGAUUACCCCAAUCUCCAACGUGGGCCUGCAGGUCUCCAUCUCCAACGCCUUUACUGAGCUUGAUGGGGACUGGAGGGUGAAGUUUUUCUUUGUCCGGGACCAUGGAUCUUUUAACCUGAAGGUGGAAAAUGUCUACAUCAAAAUCGCCCUGAGUCUGGGCAGUGACACCACUGGGAAGCCCACCAUCAGCACCUCGGCCUGCAGUGCCAGCAUCUCCCAAGUGCGGGCACUCUUUUCGGGCAAGUUAGGGUGGCUUUACAACCUGUUCCACAAGGCUAUUGAAUCCAGGUUGCGAAACAUUUUGGAGGACAAGGUCUGUGACAUUGUGGCCAAGUCUGUACGCAAUGACCUCCAGACAUACAUCCAGACGCUGCCAGUCACAGCCAGAAUAGAUGACAAGACUGGGAUCGAUUACUCCUUGGUGGGACCCCCAAGAGCUACUGCCCAAUCCCUGGAUGCGGACCUGAAGGGUGAAUUCUACUCCCUAGCUCACCGCUCCACUGUCCCCUUCUCACCACUGCCACUGGCCUUCCCCUCGGAUCACGAACGCAUGGUUUACUUUGGAGCCUCCAGCUACUUCUUCAACACAGCUAGCAUUGCCUACCACAAGGCUGGGGCACUGGUCUUUGAAGUUACAGAUGCCAUGAUCCCAAAGGAAACAGGAUUCAAAUUGGAAACCUCUGUCUUCUCAGCCUUCAUUCCCCAGCUGGAGGAGAUGUACCCCAACAUGCCAAUGAAGUUCAGGCUGUCAGCUCCCACUGCUCCAUUCCUGACUAUUGGACCAGGAGGAAUCUCGUUCCAGCCCGUUGUGGAUGCCCAGGCUUAUGCCAUCCUUCCCAACUCCAGCCUGGCUCCUCUCUUCCUCCUCAGCCUGACAGGGAACGUGUCUGCUGUCAUCAACGUGAGAUCCGGCCGCAUCGUUGGGAGCCUGGAUGUGGGCAGGAUCAGGCUCUCUCUGAAGGACUCGGCUGUUGGCACUUUCCAGGUUCGAAGGAUGCAGAACCUCAUGAACGUCUUGACUUCCAGUAUCCUGCUCCCUCGUCUCAAUGCCCGGUUAGAUGAGGGCUUCCCUCUGCCGCUUCUGGACAGGAUUCAGCUCUCCAAUAUCCUUGUGAAGUUCCACCAGAAUUUCCUGCUGCUUGGAGCAGACGUUCACUUCCAGCGCCGGGGAUGAAGAUAAGGUGAUGAGAGCC